AAAGGUACCCGAUCUGCGCCGCUGCUUCCGCGCGGCCUAGAAGACUGCGACCUGGAGCCGUGCUAUCGUGGGCUCUCUGGGCCAUCGGGAGACUGUCGGCGAUGCUGAAGGCCAAGAUCCUUUUCGUGGGGCCCUGCGAGAGUGGUAAAACUGUCUUGGCCAACUUCCUGACAGAAUCUUCUGACAUCACAGAAUAUAACCCCACCCAAGGAGUGAGGAUCCUGGAAUUUGAGAAUCCACAUGUUACCAGCAACAACAAAGGCACAGGGUGUGAAUUUGAACUAUGGGAUUGCGGUGGCCAUCAAAAGUUCGAGUCUUGCUGGCCAGCCCUGAUGAAAGACUCCCACGGAGUGGUGAUCGUCUUCAACGCCGACCUCCCGAGUCACCUGAAGGAAAUAGAGAUGUGGUAUUCCUGCUUUGUCCAGCAGCAGUUCUUACAGGACACCCAGUGCCUAUUAGUUGCACAUCACAAACCGGGCUCAGGAAGUGAUAAAGGAAACCUGUCUUUGUCACCACCUUUGAAUAGGCUGAAGCUGGUGCACUCAAAUCUUGAAGAUGAUCCUGAAGAGAUUCGGAUGGAAUUCAUCAAGUAUUUAAAAAGCAUAAUCAACUCGAUAUCCGAGAGCAGAGACCGGGAGGAGAUGUCAAUUAUCACCUAACCACCUUUAUCUGAACUCAGCCUCUUUCCCGGAGCCGAUCUCAAACCUUACCCAGCUACUGAUGUUCUCUUCUCACCGUGAACCUGAGGAUCUCCUGCCAGAAGGUACCAGUAGGCAGGGAGUUGACUCACACCAUUUAUUCUCUGUCCUUUGUUCAAUAGACAAGAUUCUGUUGUUGAAUUCUGAUACCCUUGUUCCAGACCUCUCCCAAGUGCUGGAAAUUGAAGGUUUCUUCCCCCUUCAUACAUCUCAUUGUAAUAAUUGUGGAAUUAUAGCUGUCACAGUCCAGCGAUACAAAAGCAGCUUCAUCUGUGAUGAUUGGUUUGAGUGUUUUUCAUUCCUUAAUCCACUCAACAAAUACCAGCUUGCUGAGCAUCCACUGUGUGCAGCACUAUUCCAGCUUCUCACCCCAAACAGCAUGAACAAAACGGAAAAUCCCUUACCCUCACAGAGCCCCCAUUCUAUUCUUUCAAGUAAGGGUAACGUACAUCACACUGUACGUUGUGAUGCCAAGUUACAAUUGACCCUCAUACAUGGAUUCUAUCUGUACAUUCACAUAUUUGCUGAAAUUUGUAACCUCCAAAUCAUAAUCACAGAACUUCCAGUUAUACAGAGUGGCACAAAAUCUGAAUCAUGGCUACUCACGUCCCCAGCUGAGGCUGUCUUGUUCCAGCCAGAUACCAGAUACAUCCCCCAUUUUUGUGCUUUGUUUUAGUGUUUUUGUUGGGUCAAAACCUCCUUGGAAACUUCCCAGCUUCCUGGAUAUAAUCUGAAACCAGUCCCUAUCCAUUGAAAUCAGGGUGCAAAGGCCAGGGAGAAAUUGAAGAAAACUGCAGAACACUCUAGAAUGCUGGAUAGCAGUUUUAAUGAGCAAGGGAACUUUAUAUUUAUAAAGAUUGCCUUGGGUGACCAUGAGGCAGUAGUUUUUCAUAACCUCUCAACCCCUAACCCCACCACCAAAUCUCAAAACUUUUAUAUAAGCCUUAGUUCUGUCUAAAUAUAUAUAAUUCAAAAGGUCUCAACAAAACUAUCCAUCACAGCACAUUUUCCCAAGGCUGUAUCCCUGGGACAGUUUGUGGACACACAGAGAGCAAAUGAAACAGAUAUUCUAAGUAGGAAGAGUGAGAAUUCUCCACUUGCUGAGUCUAGCUCUGGUCAACAGAUCACAUUCUCCUGAUUGCCUUCCCAAAUGGCCCCCAGAUAAUAGUGCUCAAGGGUCAUCUAGUCACCCUACGAGCAAAAAGGCUAUGAUGUGCCAUAUGGAGAAAAUACAUGGGUGAGAUAAGCCUCAUUCCAGCGUGAGUUACGUACUGUUGGCUGUGAAUUCAAUGUCAGUGGAUCAACAACACAUAUUUAAAUAGGUGUCUUUAGACAGAAGUAUACAUAAAACAAGGUUAUGUAUUGAUGGUAGAUGACACUGUGAUUAGAGGCUCUGGGGAACUUAAGCCUUUAUUUUUUUUUUAAAGACAUUUAUUUAUGCAU